CCAUUUUCUCGUGAGCCAUUCUCUUGGAACAGGCAUGGGAGAGAAUGAGGAAGAGGAGAGCUGCAGCAUCUACCCGAGCCUGCUGCUUCCACUCGGUAGUGAGAUCAAGGCCAGGAUGCAGCAGCUUGUGGAAGAAAGGAUGGAGGCAAACAUGUUGACGGCUGUGCUGAUCGGAGCUGUGACGGUUGUUUCUGUUGUUGGAGUUGUUGUGUUCCUUCUUUACAGAAGAUUCAAACUGUCGAAGGAGCAGGCCGGCGUUCCACACUAUCGCUUCAGGAAGAGAGACAAGGUGAUGUUCUACGGCCGAAAGAUCAUGAGAAAGGUUCAGACGCUGUCUUCAGUCCCUUCUUCUGGUUCAAACUCAGCUUCUCGGCAAAGAGUGAGAAAGAGGACCAAAGUCCUGUCGAUCGCCCGCAAGAUCCUGCGCAUCAGGAAGGAGCCCCCCACCCUGCAGCCCAAGGAGCCCCCCCCCAGUCUGCUGGAGGCUGACCUUACGGAGUUUGAUGUCCAGAACUCCCAUCUGCCCUCCGAGGUGCUGUACAUGCUGAAAAAUGUCAGGGUGCUGGGCCACUUUGAGAAGCCUGUGUUCCUGGAGCUGUGCCGGCACAUGGUGGUGAUCCAGCUGCACCAGGGGGAGGCACUCUUCAGACCAGGGGACACUGAUGACAGUAUUUACGUGGUUCAAGAUGGCCGCUUGGACAUGUCCAUCCAUGAGAGCGAUGGGACUGACGCUGUGGUGAAGGAAGUGUUACCAGGAGACAGCGUUCACAGUCUGCUGAGUAUCCUGGACAUCAUCACUGGCUAUCCAGCGCCUUAUAAAACGGUGUCUGCCAGAGCUGCAGUCACCUCCACCAUCCUGCGUCUGCCGGCUGCAGCCUUCCAGUCAGUGUUUGAGAAAUAUCCAGAAACUCUGGUCCGUGUCAUCCAGAUAAUCAUGGUGCGUCUCCAGAGAGUCACCUUCCUCGCCUUACACAACUACCUGGGCCUGACCACUGAGCUCUUCAACCCGGAGAGCCAAGCGAUCUCCCUGGUGUCGGUUGCCAAUGUUCUGGGGGAGGGUUAUCCACACCGAGGCCUCCGCAGGCAGCCCUCCCACUCUGAAGAUCAGGGCUCUGAAAAAAGUGACACAGAAAAGUCCAGUUACUCAGAAACUUCGAAAUACAAGAAAUCUCGCUCAUUCUCCACCCCGAUGGCUGUUACAGGUGAAAUGUCCUUCGGUCUCAACAAAGUGUAUGAACGGGCUCAGGUUUCCAAAGAAGAAGCUCUGAUUCACAGCCCUGUGAAGUCGAUACUCAAGAAGAGUGUGACCCUGCAGCACACUCCAUCAGCUGUUUACCACUACAGUGAAGCUGGAGCAGAAAAUGUCCAGCACAACAAAGUUAACGCCAUUUUCCAAGCUGCCAAAAAGGAUCUGCUCCAUGUCAUCCAACUACAGGACCCCCAUCUUUUGGAGGGGAGAGUUAAUCUUCGGCAAGUCAAAGCCGGCACUGUGGUGGCUCACCAGGGAGACCAGGAUGCAAGUGUGGCGUUUAUCAUCUCGGGGGCGCUCCAUGUGUACCAGCGUAUGAUAGACCGCGAGGAGGAGUCCCUGCUGUUUGUCUCCCACCCGGGAGAGAUGGUGGGUCACCUGGCCGUCCUCACGGGGGAGCCCCUCAUCUUCACCGUCCGAGCUCACAGAGACUGCACCUUCCUCUCCAUAUCGAAGGCCCACUUCUAUGAGAUGAUGCGCGAGGAUCCCCGGGUGGUGCUGAACGUCGCUCACACUGUGGUGAAGAGGGUCUCGCCUUUCGUCCGGCAGAUUGACUUCGCCCUGGACUGGAUGGCUGUGGAGGCUGGCCGUGCUGUUUACAGACAGGGGGACAAGUCAGACAGCACCUUCAUCGUGCUGAGUGGCCGACUCCGCUCUGUCAUUGCAAAGGAUGAUGGGAAAAAGGAGCUGGCUGGAGAGUAUGGCCGUGGGGAUCUCAUUGGUGUGGUGGAGGCGCUGACCCACAUGAACCGAGCCACCACGGUGCACGCCAUCCGGGACUCGGAGCUCGCCAAGCUCCCUGAAGGCGCUCUGAACUCCAUCAAGAGGAGGUAUCCUCAGGUGGUGACCAGGCUCAUCCACCUGCUGGGAGAGAAGAUCCUGGGCAACAUGCAGCAGGUCAGCGGACCUCUGGCUGCUCGUGGUCUGGCCCUCCACACCCCCACCAGCAAGUGGGAUGUUGGGAACCCAGCCUCAAACCUGUCCACUGUGUCCAUCCUGCCGGUGUCUGAGGACGUCCCCCUCACAGCCUUCACUCUGGAGCUGCAGCUGGCACUCAGCGGCAUCGGCCCAACUCUACUCCUGACCAGUGACAGCAUCAAACAGCGCCUCGGUGCUGCGGCUCUGGACAGUGUCCAUGAGUAUCGUCUGUCCAGCUGGCUGGGGCAGCAGGAGGACAUCCAUCGCAUUGUCCUCUACCAGUCUGACUUCACCCUCACGCCCUGGACCCAGCGCUGCAUCCGCCAGGCUGACUGCAUCAUCAUUGUUGGACUGGGGGAGCAGGAGCCCACUGUGGGGGAGUUGGAGAGAAUGCUGGAGGGCAGUGCAGUCCGAGCUCAGAAGCAGUUGGUGUUGUUGCACAGGGAGGAUGGCCCCCCACCCAAAGGGACGGCCGAGUGGUUGAACAUGCGCAGCUGGAUCUCCAGACACCAUCACCUGUCCUGUCCCCGCAGAGUGUUCUCCCGGAGGAGUCUACCUAAGCUGAGAGAGUUGUACCAGCGUGUGUUUGAAAAAGGUCCGGAUCGUCAUUCCGACUUCUCUCGCCUGGCCAGGGUUCUGACAGGAAACAGCAUCGCCCUGGUGCUGGGUGGAGGGGGCGCCAGGGGCUGCUCUCAGGUGGGGAUCCUGCGGGCUCUGAAUGAGGCGGGGAUCCCUGUGGACAUGGUGGGGGGCACCUCCAUCGGCUCCUUAAUGGGAGCACUGUACGCUGAGGAGAAGAGCAACAGCCGCAUGAGGGUCCGGGCUCGGGAGUGGGCCAUGGAUAUGAACUCCUUCUUUAAGAAGAUUUGGGAUCUGACAUACCCUGUUACAUCCAUGUUUUCUGGAGCGUCCUUUAACUCCAGCAUCAGCUCCGUCUUCAAGGGCAAACAGAUAGAGGACCUGUGGCUGCCCUACUUCAACAUCACCACUGACAUCACAGCGUCCUGCAUGAGGGUGCACACUGACGGUUCUCUGUGGCGAUACGUCCGGGCUAGUAUGUCCCUGUCUGGUUACCUGCCGCCGCUCUGUGACCCCAAAGAUGGACACUUACUCAUGGACGGAGGGUACAUCAACAACCUGCCUGCGGACGUGGCUCGCUCUAUGGGGGCCAAAGUUGUGAUUGCAAUCGAUGUUGGAAGUCGGGAUGAAACCAACUUAACCAACUAUGGCGACUCUCUGAACGGCUGGUGGCUGCUAUGGAAACGCUUCAACCCUCUGUCUGAGAAAGUCAAGGUCCUGAACAUGGCAGAGAUCCAAACCCGGCUAGCAUACGUCUGCUGUGUGCAGCAGCUGGAGCAGGUCAAAGACAGCGAGUACUGCGAGUACAUCCGGCCACCCAUCGACCACUACGGCACACUGGAGUUCGGCAAGUUUGACGAGAUCGCUGAGGUGGGGUACCAGCACGGAAAGACAUUGUUCGACGUGUGGCAACGCAGUGGUGUGGUGGACAGCAUGCUGAAGGACAGACAUCAGGAGGAGUUCCACAAGACCAAAACUGGCCAUGUGGUCACGUGUCCCAACGCGUCCUUCACAGACCUGGCAGAGAUAGUGUCGAGAAUCGAACCUGUCAAGAAUCCAGUGAUCGAUGAGGAACUGUCUGAUGAUUGCCAGACGGACUACGAUGAGGAGGCCGUGGAGAGCGCGCUCUCCGACUACGAAGCCUUCACUCAGGGCAGUGAACACACCGAAGAAGAGGAGACAGCAGACACUGCUGAAACUGAUGAGGAAGUUCAAAUCCGAGUUCGACGCCGGCCCAAAAAUGCUGCACUAAGUCCUACACCAUGACUCCAAAAAACAUGCAUGUAAAGGCAGUAUUUCUGGUAACCGAUAAGGAAUUCUCAAACAUGCAGCUUAUACUCUUAUCCAAUCAGCAGCCAGGUAGCUCAAGUCUUCCUCUAACACACUCAGCAGGACUGUAGUUGGAUACAGCGACUUCUUGUUCAGAGCUUUCAGCAAAAGAAGGGAGUUUUAAGACAGGGAGGAGCCACAGUGUGUCGCUGUCUCCUGCACAGACUUCAGUGCUCAAACAGUUCAGUUAGAACCAGGGUUUAUUGGAGAAAUCAAAAGCACAUAUUUUUACAAACUGGUUUAUUAACAGCACGGUGUAUUUUUCUACUUGUUUGACACAUUGGUUGUUUUGUAUGGCAGUUCCUUGCUCUGUUGUUCUGGAAAAAUAGGAAACAAAUACAUACAAGCAAUUCAAGCACACUUAAAAUGGACUGGAACAUUUUUAAUUUAAUAUGUAUAGUAUAUACAGGGCUAUUUCUGCCACAGAUCUAGGCAUAGUUGCUUCCUACCAUAAUAAGCUUAACCCAUAAAGCACUAUUGUGCAAUUCAUGAUGUUUACAUAUAAGUUAAAACAGUUAAUAUGCAUUUGAUGUGCCUUGAAUGAACUCCCCUUUCAUCUUCUCUUCAGAGCAUAAACACACCACAUGGUGACCACGUUUCAUCCCAACAAGAAUAGCAUACAGUACAAUACACUUUUUCACCUAUGCGAAAUAACUUGCAUUGGAUAAAUAUCAUGUAUGAAUUUCUUACAGCGUUCCUCAGCAGCACCGCCAUGCAGGGAAGGCAGACUUUAUUUCAACAAAUAUUUGUGGAUGUACACUACUGUUCGACAAUGCACAAAAGACAUGGUGGAGCUGCCCGCUGAUGGCACAAAUUCAAAGGAUUUUGAAUGGCAAUAAACCACUUUAGUAAAAAAGAAGAAAAGUAUUUAAUUGUUGGGAAACAUUUGCCGUUGCCUUCCAUAAAAACCUGCUGGUUUAAAGGACAUUUCCUCGCAGUUUGACACCAUGUGGCUUGAUUUUUAGUUUUUUUCUUAACAGUAAAAAUGAUUUGAUUAUAACAGUUAGUAGAGAUACGUAUACAUAGUGUUCAACAAGUACGUUUGCAAUUGAAACACAGCAUUGGACGUAAUCCAAUAAAACAGGUGUAACACAAUUCAUAAACAAUGGGCUAAUAUUAGCAUAACUAAUUUGGGUGCAAAAUGAAUAAUAUUAUUCAUUUCCCAUGUUUGCUCUUUUUUGAAACCCUUGGUUUUGCUGAGUCUCAAUGGGAAGUCCCGGUUUAACAAAGGUUAAACAGGUAAAAUACAAAAAUGACAGCUGUUCUUUUAAACAUGACAUGAAAACAUGUUUCUGUGAGCACAAACUUGACCCCAGAGGAAAUCUACAAAGAGCAGACUCAGCCAGCGGUGCGUUCACAGGCUCUUCUCAUGGUCCCUUUACUGAGUUGGGAAGUCACUUUUAUUUGUGGUAUGGAAACAAUGUGUUGUUUUGCUCGGUGUUUAAACACAACGUGAUAUCUGUUUGCAAGUUAUUGUUCCAACUCGAGCGGGCCUUCAUAAGAACUGUUCUAUUAGGAAAGUAUUAUGUCCGAUUAUUACGACAACACAUGAAUGCAGCACACAUUCUCUAUCUCGCAAUGUGAAUGAAAGUUAAACAUUAUUUUUGUAUCCGUUCAUCCUUGGACUAUGCCUCUCACUUCCAUUAGGUCUGAUGAAAAUAGGGCCAGUAGUUUUCUGUGAUCCUGCUGACUGACAGACAGUUAUUGCGUCAAUCAUAGUUUUCAUGAACAUGAAUAGACGUGUACCCAGCCAGUUUGCACAGCAUAGUGUAUUUACUCUUGUUACACCAAGUAUUGUUGUUGAAUUUGGAUAAAGUUAUUCAUUCAACCCGAGGACAGAUCACUGGUCUCACCUUAUACGACUAAACAUGUGUUGGUACAGGUGCAAGCCUGGUGCCUGGAAUGUGAAACUUUAUAAUAGAGUUAUAUUGAUAGAAGGUGAUCAUCAUUGUAAGGGUGAUUAUGACAGGACAUCCUGAAACUGGUACUAACCCACUACAGCAUUUAAUGUAACAUUACACUUUUUAUAGCUGCUUUUUCAUCACCGUGGUUACAGCUCCUGUGGUUUUGAUUUGUGAUUUUAAUAUUGAUGACCUGAAGGGAAAAGUGCCAAGCGUAUAGUGACUUCUGAAGACCAUCUCUGUUUAUGUUAAUGAUGUGUAUGUUAUCAUUAACAUAAAACAUAAAUGUAGACAUUGGCUUUGACAAACUGUUGGUUUUCUUUCAGUUUUUGUUACUUAUUUUUGGUGAAAUAGUUGCAUAGAAUAUUGUAGAAAGCUUUAGAAUAUUUAAUUAUACAUGUUUAGUGAAUAACCUGCUUGUUUAAAUUAAAACGAAUGCACUAUUUGAUAGAAUCUUAAAGCCAAAGUUGUGGAAAAACUGAACAGCAAAGUCCAGACGAUGAGUUCUUCUUUGGAAUCUGAAAUGAAACUGUAACCAAUUUUCCCCUGGAAUAAUAAAGUCUUUCUGAUUCUGAUGUUGCCAUGAAAAACUAAAACAUGUUCUGAAUGACUGUCACAGUGUUUAGGUUCUAUACAUGUUAGAUCAGAGUAUGUUUUUAAGCUAUGUGACUUAAUGAUGAAAAAAUGUCAACGCUUACUGAUGCAUUUAUCAAAAUAUCAAGCACAAGAAAUAACCCAGAUAUAUUUCCUAUAUUAGAUUUUAAAUGCAGGAUUUGUACUUUAGUAUUUGUAUACUCUAGUAUUGUUAGUUUUACUCAAGUAAAAUACCUAUGGUGUUCUUGUAUUUUAUUUAAUAAAUUCUGCUGAACAUUGUGCCUGUCCUUGCAGAAUGGCAGGUGUUUUUUCCAGUGUGCAACAUGAUAAACUCA